CCGUUCGCCUGCGUCCCCACACCCCGGCGCGCUCGGUGCACAGCCUGACUUUGCGAGAUUCUGGGAAGUUGAACCCGCCGCCAUCUGGCGAAGGCGAAUGUAAUGUGACUGUUGCUGUUGUGAAUAUCCGAUGCCACCGAACGUCCUCAUAACUGGGGGUUAUUUUAAUUUGGGAUUCCCCUCCCCUCCCCCAGUCCUCCCUCCUCCCCCUCCCGCUCCCGAAAUAAAACCGAGGGGACCCAGAAGCCGAGGCUUCCCGCCUGGCCCACCCGCGCGCACCCAGGGCUCCUGCGUUCACAUAGCCUUUAGGGUGGAGCAGGAACAGCCUGGACCCAAGCUGCGACCUUUAGAUUUGUCGGUGUUAAUGCAUCUGACAUCAACUACUCAGCAGGACGAUACGACCCUUCAGUCAAGACCCCCUUCGAUGUAGGUUUUGAAGGUGUGGGUGAGGUGGUCGCCUUGGGCCUCUCCGCCAGUGCCAGGUACACAGUUGGCCAGACUGUAGCUUACAUGUCACCGGGCUCUUUUGCUGAGUACACAGUGGUGCCGGCCAGCAUUGCCACUCCAGUGCCCUCUGCCACACCCGAGUACCUCACCCUGCUUGUAAGUGGUACCACCGCAUACAUCUGCCUGAAAGAGCUCGGCGGGCUGAAGGAAGGGAAGAAAGUGCUGGUGACGGCAGCGGCUGGGGGGACAGGCCAGUUUGCCGUGCAGCUUGCAAAGAAGGCCGGGUGCCACGUCAUCGGAACCUGCUCUUCUGAUGAGAAGUCUGCUUUCCUGAAGUCUGUCGGCUGCGAUCAUCCCAUCAACUAUAACACUGAGCACGUGGGUACCGUCCUGAAGCGAGAGUACCCCGGAGGCGUGGAUGUGGUCUAUGAAUCCGUGGGGGGUGCCAUGUUUGACUUGGCGGUAGAUGCCUUGGCCACCAAAGGGCGCCUGAUAGUAAUUGGGUUUAUCUCUGGCUACCAAACUCCUACUGGCCUUUCGCCUGUGAACGCAGGAACAUUACCCGCCAAACUGCUGAGGAAAUCCGCCAGCAUCCAGGGCUUCUUUCUAAACCAUUACCUUUCUGAGUACAGAGCAUCCAUGGACCACUUGGUCAAGAUGUGUACCAGUGGAGACCUCGUGUGCCAGGUGGACCUGGGUGACCUGUCCACAGAGGGCAGGUUUACUGGCCUGGAGUCCGUGUUCCGGGCUGUCGAUUACAUGUACAUGGGGAAAAACACGGGGAAGAUUGUAGUUGAAUUACCUCACCCUGUCAACAGCAAGCUGUAAAAACCGAACAAUGGCAUAAAUCAGAAGAGAAAGGAAGUGGGUACUUGAUGCUUCAGAAUCACUCAAAUCAAUUUAUUUUCAGUCAUUAAUGGAGAUAAUAUUUCUUAAAAUGAAAGUAAGUUGUUACAACAUAGGUUUCUCUUUUUCUUCCCUUUUUUCUUUUUUUAUCCCUCUCUUGAAAAAAAAAAGUGCUAAUAAAACUUCCCUCCAUGGCUCAGAGGUAAAACCUUUACAUUCAA